CGACGCUCCUAAAACCCCAUUCCAGUAAGGUGCAGUUUUCGCCUCUCAGCGCUCGAGGCUCUGCAUUCUCCGCUUCUAGGGCUGAUUCUUCAUUUUCAUCUCUUAAGCAACGACUUCUCUCACCAAUGGCGUCGGUGGCUCUCAGAAAUUCUGCUUCCAAACGUCUCUUCCCAUUUUCUUCUCAAAUCAACUGUUGCUCUCGAGCGUCACUCUUCGCUAAUUCCCUGCUCUCUGAGCUGGUUUAUGGACAUGAGACAACCUCUGCUUCCAAUCCGUGGUGGAGGUCCAUGGCCACUUUCACACGAACAAAACCCCAUGUUAAUGUGGGGACUAUCGGGCAUGUUGAUCAUGGGAAGACUACACUCACUGCAGCAAUUACCAAGGUUCUAGCCGAAGAAGGAAAAGCUAAGGCUGUAGCGUUUGAUGAAAUUGAUAAGGCUCCUGAAGAGAAAAAGCGAGGAAUCACCAUUGCAACGGCACAUGUUGAGUAUGAGACAGCUAAACGACAUUAUGCACAUGUGGACUGCCCUGGACAUGCGGACUAUGUUAAAAACAUGAUUACAGGAGCAGCCCAGAUGGAUGGGGGUAUUCUUGUUGUAUCUGCCCCUGAUGGUCCCAUGCCUCAAACCAAAGAACACAUUCUUCUUGCACGUCAAGUUGGUGUGCCAUCUCUUGUGUGCUUUUUAAAUAAAGUUGAUGCUGUUGAUGAUCCAGAGUUGCUAGAGCUGGUAGAAAUGGAGCUUCGAGAGCUGCUAAGCUUCUACAAGUUCCCUGGUGAUGAAAUCCCUAUUGUCAGAGGUUCAGCUUUGUCUGCCUUACAGGGUACAAAUGAUGAGAUUGGUAGAAAGGCCAUAUUAAAAUUGAUGGAUGCUGUGGAUGAAUAUAUUCCCGAUCCUGUUCGCCAGCUUGACAAGCCUUUUUUAAUGCCCAUUGAAGAUGUAUUCUCUAUUCAGGGACGGGGAACAGUGGCCACUGGCCGUGUGGAACAAGGGACCAUAAAAGUUGGAGAAGAAGUUGAGGUUUUGGGUCUAAUGCAGGGUGGACCCCUGAAAACAACGGUGACUGGAGUUGAGAUGUUUAAGAAGAUAUUGGAUCAGGGACAAGCCGGUGACAAUGUUGGUCUCCUUCUACGUGGUCUAAAAAGAGAAGACAUCCAACGUGGUCAGGUCAUUGCCAAGCCUGGUUCUCUAAAGACAUCUAAGAGGUUUGAGGCAGAAAUAUAUGUACUCACAAAGGAUGAAGGUGGGCGACACACUGCAUUCUUCUCAAACUACAGACCUCAGUUUUACAUGAGGACUGCUGAUAUCACUGGAAAAGUAGAAUUGCCAGAAAAUGUUAAGAUGGUCAUGCCUGGAGAUAACGUUACGGCCGUGUUUGAAUUGAUUUCACCUGUUCCGCUCGAAGCAGGACAAAGAUUUGCUUUGAGAGAAGGAGGCAGAACAGUUGGUGCGGGUGUGGUGUCAAAAGUACUGAGCUGAGAUGCAUGCUGUGAUUUAGCUUAGUCCUCACAUUUUCGAAAGGGCUUCAAAGCACUGAGACUUGUUUAUUCUCUUGAAAAUACACAUGCCAUGUGGCAAUCAAUUUAAUACGUAGCAGCCGUGCUGGAUGGAACUGAGUAAAAUUUUAAAGAAGCUCGUCUUCACUGUCAUUUUUUGUAGCGCAGAAUUUGUGAAACAUACUCUUGGUCACUGCCGACUGUUUAUUUGCCAUAAAUUGAAAAUAAUUUGUGAAUCA